CCAACAACACCACAAAAACUUCAAUUUUUUUUUAUAUUAUUUUUUUAUAUUUAUUAUUAUAAAAAUAUAUAUAUAUAAACAAAAUAUUUUUUGGAAAUUUUUUUUUUUUAAUAAUUCAGAAAACAAAAAAAUAAAAAAAAAAACAAAAAUAAAGAAAAAAAAACAGUAAAAAAAAAAGUUUUUUUUUAAAUAACAAAUAAUAAUAGAUAGAUAAUAAAUAAUAAUAUUAUUUAAAAUCAAACUAAACAACAAAUAAUUAAUUGUAUUAUAUAUGCGUUGUGUGUGUAAAUAUAUUUAAAAUCAAGCAUAUUUUUUCAAGCUAUUCAAUUGUUUAGAAAUAAUUUUUUAAAAAAAAAAGAAAAGCAAAUUUUAAUAUCAAAAAUAUAUUUUAAUUUUAAUAAAACAAAUAAACAAAAAAAAAAAGAAGCGUAAUUAAUUUUGUGUAUAUAUAUAUAUAAAUAAAAUAAAAUAAAAAAAAGAUGGGUGAAUUCAAUGAUGUAGAUAGAUAUAUUUCAAUUUUAAAGGAAUGCAAACCUUUAUCAGAAAGUGAUGUCAGGGAUUUAUGCGACAAAGCACGUGAAAUUUUAUCAAAAGAAUCAAAUGUACAACCAGUUAGAUGUCCAGUUACAGUUUGUGGUGAUAUCCAUGGUCAAUUCCACGAUCUUAUGGAGUUAUUCAAAAUUGGAGGCAAUUGUCCAGAUACCAAUUAUUUAUUUAUGGGUGAUUAUGUCGAUAGAGGUUUUUAUUCAGUCGAAACUGUUACUUUAUUAGUUGCUUUAAAAGUUCGUUAUAAGGAUCGUGUCACAAUUUUAAGAGGUAAUCACGAAUCAAGACAAAUUACUCAAGUAUAUGGUUUUUAUGAUGAAUGUUUAAGAAAAUACGGUAAUCCAAAUGUUUGGAAACUUUUUACAGAUUUAUUCGAUUAUCUCCCAUUAACAGCUUUAAUCGAAAACCAAGUAUUUUGUCUUCACGGUGGUUUAUCUCCAUCAAUCGAUACAUUAGACCACAUUGAAAAUUUAGAUCGUGUUCAAGAAGUACCACACGAAGGUGCUAUGUGUGAUCUUUUAUGGUCCGAUCCAGAUGAUCGUCUUGGUUUUGGUUACUCACCAAGAGGUGCUGGUUACACAUUUGGUAAAGAUAUCUCUGAACAAUUUAAUCAUAACAAUGGUCUCACUUUAGUCGCUAGAGCUCAUCAACUUGUCAUGGAAGGUUAUAAUUGGUGUCACGAUCAAAAUGUAGUUACAAUUUUCAGUGCUCCAAAUUAUUGUUAUAGAUGUGGUAAUCUUGCUGCUAUAAUGGAAAUUGAUGAAAAAAUGAAACACACUUUCCUUCAAUUUGACCCAGCCCCAAGAAGAGGUGAACCACAUGUAACUCGUCGUACUCCGGAUUACUUUUUGUAAAAAAUCAAUAUUAACACAUUAUUUCAAUUGUUUCCUUUUAUCGUUAAAAAAUAAUAAUAAAUUAUUUGUACCAUCAUUAUUUUCCUCCUCAUAAUAUAAUAAUAUACCAAAAAAAAAACAAACAAAAAAAAAAAAUUAAAAAUUAAAAUCUAAUCUCUAAUUAAAUAAUAAUACAUGUAUUACUUAAACUAAAAAC